AUGUGGCUGAGGAACCUGCUUCUCCUGGGCACUGUGGUUUGUAGCAUCUCCGCACCAACCAGCCCACCCAGCCCUGUCACACGGGCCUUCAUACAUGUGGACACCAUUAAGGAGGCCCUGAUCCUCCUUAACAACACUAAUAUUACUGACGUGAUGGAUGAAACAGUAGAAGUCGUCUCUGAAAUGUUUGACCCCAAGGAGCCAACAUGCCUGCAGACCCGCCUGGAGCUGUACAAGCAGGGCCUUCGGGGCAACCUCACCAGACUCAACGGCUCCCUGGCCUUGAUGGCCAACCACUACGGGCUGUACUGUCCCCCUACCCCGGAAACUUCCUGUGAAACUCUGAUUACCACCUUCAAAGAUUUCAAAAAGAAUCUGAAUGACUUUCUACUUACCAUCCCCUUUGACUGCUGGAGUCCAGUCCAGAAGUGA